AUGCGAAGCGAUGCGUACGCUAGAGACCGAACCGCCCUGUACGGUACCAUGGAUGUGCAUGCCCGAUCGAUGGGAACGUCUAUGGACGGUUACGAGGUUUGCGUUUGCAUGGAUAGGCGUGAACCAAUCUCAUUACGUGACACGGCACACCGGCCGACGGAAAAUUACUACAUUCCAAGAGGAGGAGACCGAAGGAAUCCCGGUGGAAAAAUUGCAAACAAAAUUGGAAACCUAAAGCAAAAGAAACGAAGAAUUGAUGUUAGAGAAGCAGAGUACGCGAAAACACGAAAGCUAACAGCAUCACGUGAACUGCCGCUUGAUUCAACUACAAACGAGGCUGUUAAUUGGUUGGAAUUGAACGGUGAACCGUGGAACACAGUGCUCGAGAAAUGGUCAGUUAGUGCAGCUCACCGAAGACAGUAUUUGAAAAACCGAAAGUUCACAUUAAAGCUAUUGAAUCUGUACCCCCAUUACAAAAGGUCGUAUGGGUAUCAAUUGGUAGAUAUCGAUUUUCGGUUUCUGUAUGAAGAUGCUCGCAACGGAAUAGCUGUUCUGGAAAGCACGAUAACUGGAAUCAUAUUAUAUGCGACAAAUAAAGCGCAGGAUCCAUCUGCUUUGAAACUUCUGAAAUAUUUGAACAACAACACUAAUAGCUUAGAUGCACGAAUGAUUGCGUUGCUCCUAGUGCUGAACACUGUGUUGCCACCUAUUCAUGCAGGCUCACGCUUCAAGCCAACAAUUUACGUUGCACAAGAAGACACAAUUGUCUUUGUCAACAAGGAGGAUGAAAUAAAAUCAAAAAUCGAUUCUAUUUACGCAGCCUAUGCAGAGCGAAAUCAGCCUAUCGUGCCAAAACUCGUAGUGUUAGGUGAAGACAUCGAUACCAUCAGCGGAAGAUUUUUCGUAUGCUAUGAAGAGGUAUGCUAUGAGCUCCCAUCAGUUUCUAGAGCUACCGACGUUCUUAUCAAGCUAACAGCAGUGUUUGGGUUACCCUUUUCGAAGUGUUCCAGAUUAGUUUGGCACUUCAUUAGUGAAGUAGCAUAUGGGAUAAAGCAUCCAGAGUCAUAUGCCAACAUCAAUCGAAUAAAAACAUUUCUAAACACGAUCCAUACAAUAUCACCACCAUGAUUACUUGUAUGCUAGCUGGAUGCCUUCAUAUGUAUGAAGAUGCUGAAUUUUAUUUAAGCCAUUUGAGGAACCACCAUCAGACACCGGUCACCUACCAUUACAAAUGUACAGUUUUGAACUGUAUUCAAGUGUUUACCAAUUACCAUCGGUUCAGGAAACAUAUAAUUAAUCAUUUUCGCAAAACUAUUCAACAGAAAGAAUUCUUAGUAAUGGAAAAACAGGCAGAUUUUCACAACGAAAAUAUGUCUAGAGUAUUGCUUACUAAGAGAAGUAAAAUAAGUGUAUCUGACGAAACUGUAAAUAAAUCUAAAUGUGAUGAUAAAUUUACAUUCCAAGCAGCUAAACUAACACUGUAUAUGCACAACAAAAACAACUUAGCAAGAAAAGAUAUUUACGAUAUUCAGAGGGAAAUUUCUCUAUUAUUAUCAGAGUUAGCAGGGUAUUUAGAAUCCCUGAAGAUAAAUUCAGAUACGCAGACGGAAUUCAAAUUAAAAUCUUAUCUUAAUAAAAUGAAAACUAUGUUUAGUUCAGUAAAUUCAGAUUACAAUUUCUUCAAUUACUUACAUUAUUUGAACGGAUUAGAAAUGCCUAAGAUUAUAUCAAUUCAAAACAAUAAAAUCAUUGUUUCAAAAGUAAGCAGUUUCGAUGAUGGAAUAUGCGAAGAGAAACCUACGAGUUAUUGUGUAUUAAUGCCUAUUAAAUAUCAAAUCAAGUCCUUCUUCGAAACUAAGAAUAUUUUUGAUCAA